AAAUUAAAAGUAUUCCUAGUGUAGCGAGAAUUGUGAGAAAAUUAAAAAGUGAAAGUGAAAAAUUGAGUUACCAAGCAACUGAUAUUUACACCUUACUCGUAGGUAGCUCGAAAAAUGAUAAUUAUGAUUUGUGAAAUGAAAAAUUGCAGGCUAAAUCAAAGUCUAGUAAAAUGGCUGUGACAGAUGGACAAAGAGACACGCAAGUGAUCGAAGUGAUAGAGUUUCAUUCCACAAAGAAGAAAAUCUAAAAACGCACGCACAGUCUUUAGAUCCCGAUCACGGCUAUCAAGCGGGAUUUUAUGAAAAUAUUCUCAAUUUUUUCACCAAACCGAUAUGGUAUAAAAUUAAAAAGCCAAAACAAAAAUUGGUUUAGCGUAUUAUUUCUUACACUGAGAUUAUGAUGUCCGGACAUCUAGUAAAAAUUAACUUAAGUUAUGAGGUGUUACGGACUUACUUUGUAGUGUUUAUGAUCCUGUCCGUGGCAGCUGUGGAAUUUUCUAGAGAAGCCGAAGGUCAUCCAGUUGGAUUGCUUCCCGAUUGUCCAAAUUCCGAUAAACCUGCAGCCAUAAAACCAAAAAGCCUAAAGAAGCUCUUCGUAACAGUAAUGAACAAGGAAUACAGACUAACGAAAUCGUACGACUAUUACCACAUAAGGAGCCUAGCAAAGAACCAGGAUGUAGACUUUAGUAAGAAGACGUUACUAUACUGUGGCGGUUACCUGGAUUCCAAUAGUUGGCCCUUUGGGAGAGUAUUAGGGGAGCUGUAUAAGGAUCUGGGAUAUAAUGUACUCCUGUUGGACACUUUGGAGUUUACAGCGCGGUUAUAUCCACAAGCCACACGAGUAAUACGACCAAUCGGCAAACACGUAGCAGAAAUGUUAGUAAAGCUAAGAGCACACGGCCUUGACCCAAAAAAGCUUGAGCUCGUCGGCCUUAGCCUGGGCGCCCACACCAUGAGCUUCAUUGCCAAAAACUACCGACUUUUAACUGGACAAAACAUCUCCUCACUCACUGCCCUAGAUGCUGCCGGGCCUUGCUUUAGACAAGCACCUUCAAACCAAAGACUUGACCCUUCCGACGCAGACUUCGUCCUAGCCAUUGUCACAAACAUGGACGGCUUUGGCAUCGAGCUUCCUGUUGGUCAUGUCAUAUUCUACGCCAAUGGAGGCGAAUAUCAGCCAGGAGACAUACCUUGGCUACCCUGCGACGUCUUUUGCAGUCACAUCAGAGGAUAUAUACUUUGGCUAUCAGCUUUAUUCAAUCCUGGUACUUUCAUUGGCGUACGCUGCGAUACAAUACAACAGGUCAGAGAUGGGGAGUGCUACCAUAUAAAGCCAAUGGUUACUAAUACGUUAGAUUUGUAUACUGAUAGAAGUAAACCAGGAAUGUAUUAUCUUCGGACUACUAAUGUGUACCCGUAUGCUUUGGGGAAGAAAGGAUUGAAGAAGCCAAAGCCAGGGGAAUUUCGUAUUUCAAAAUCUUUAUUAGGUGAUAUUUUUUUAGUGAAAUAGGACAAAUUAAUGAGAAGUGCUAAGUAUGAACGAUAUAAUAAUAUCUGAUAUUAAUUUGAUAUCGUUAUGACUGCUACGACUGUUGCUACUGCUGCUUGAAAGUAAACGAAGGAUACACAUACAUACAUACAUACAAUCACGCCUGUAUCCCAUAAAGAGGUAAGCAGAGCACAUGAAACUACUAAAGCUUCAGUGCCACUCUUGG